AUGUACCCCUCGUCGCUUCCUGACCUUGUCUUCUUCUGCCUCCCCCUUCCAGGCAUAGCUUCCUCGAGCCAUAUCACUCGUCUUAACAAUCAACCAACAAAAUCUGCAAUCCAAUGCUCUACGGUCAAUGAAGAAGACGGCGAUUUUGGGGACGAUUUCGAGCUACCACCCUCCGGCCAAUCAAUCAACCUGACCGACCCCAAAAAGAAUUCCCAUCGACAAUCCAUCAGCAAACCGAACAGUGCUGUCAGUCUAACAAGCUCCGAGUUUGAUGGACUGGAUGAUGAUCCAUUCGAUCCUCCAAAGUCAUCAGCCUCCUCCUGUCGGGGUAGCAUCUUCAUGACCACCCUACCCAACAGCUCGGCGAACUCGAUUAGUCAAUCCAACGGCAACCGGGGCUCGAUUGACGACAACACCCCAAGGAUUCGAACCCGUCCAAGUUUGACCCCCAGUCUGAUGUCUGACCGCUCGUCCUCAUCCUUCCCAGAGAUCGAAGAUGACAUCAACGAGGGCUUCUUCGAUGAUAUCGAAUUCCCUCCUGAAUUUGGCGUCCUCAACAACCUCGCCCCCGCCCCAAGCUCAUCCACCCCCACCUCCACUUCUGGCCCUGCUCCCCCUCAGCCCGCUCCAUCCGCCCUGCCCGACCCAAAAGGUAAACAACCUGUUCGGGCACGUGGGCUCGACUUGCAGACUUUUCUGCGCUCAAAGCUUCAGGCGCGCACCUUGAUGGCUGAACGUGCCAAUUCAUCACAAUUCAGAGAGAAUAUUUCCACAUUUGAAGAUCGAAAUGACGAGCGUGUUGAGGAUGGCUUAGAGAUCGAGACAGGAAGCAUCCAUACUGCCAAACUGCGGAGCCGGAAAAGUAGCUCACUCAGCUCUGCAAGUAGUCACGCUCAUCAAUCGGGCCACAACAGUUAUUUUCAGCAAGUACAUGGCCAGAAAUCAAAAUCCAAACGGAUCACUGUCCCCUUUCCGUCUUCAAACCACUCGAUUGCCUCUACCUCACAACCCAGCGAGCGCCAUGCUCGGUUUUCUAACAACCGUUCACCCUUGAAUCAGAAUCACGAUGAUAACACCAAUCGAUCAACUCCCCUACCAUCCUCAUCCUCUGCAAUCCUUCCCGGGAGGCCGACUUCUCACACAUCACUCAUCACCAGACCCAACUCCGCGAUACCCCCUGGUACGUCCCAUUCCAGGCUGCGUGCUUUGAUUCCACAUCGUCCCAUCUCGGCCACCGGCAUGGCUCCCAAGAGUGCCCCGUAUAGCUGCUUUGUCAACCCACCUUCCACCGAUUCUCUCCCACACCUCAAGGGAAAGAGCUUGAGAUCAGCUGCUAGCCAUGGCGAAAUGUCGAACAACUCACCACGUGCUUCUCAUCACUUAGGCACCGAUACUUCAUCCCGCGUUCAAUCUCCACUUGGCAAUCCCUCAAGAGCCGCUAGAUUAGUGAGCAGAGUAAGCGCUGCCAGCUCUCUGCGCGCCAGAGUAUCAACCAUGGCAGCCUGUAAUGGCCCACCCGUCCUGUCCGCUAGUAGUCAACGGACCUUGAAGCAUAAAAAAUCGGCAGCCGCGCUCAAGUCACUCAACCUGGGCUCCUCAGGUCCCCAAUCCAACUCCUCGUCUCCCAGUGACGCUCGCCCACCUCUAUCAUCGCCGCCUGGAUCAAAUGGCUCUUCAAAUGGGCGCGGCCUACAGCGCAAGCAGUCGAUGCCCUCUUUGAACAGUCGUGAAAGCCAUCAUACGUCCAGCUCAGGCGGACUACCUCCUCACCUCGGAGGAGCCACUCCGUCUGGAAUGAGUGCGGCAUCGGUUUGGAAGUCUGGUGCUGUCCCCCAGCCUAAAGCCAGGCAGCAACCCUAUGAUUAUUCUUCCACGCCCUCCUCACCCAAUCUAAUACCUGGCUCAGCACUUCCCUCCUAUGCCGACCCUACCCGAGCAUCCAUGAACAGGCACGUCGGGGCCUCUGCAGCGGCCUCCGGAUCGACUUCUGGACUUCCUGAUCGAAGUAGUUCAGUCAAUUCUAGGCGAAGUUCCACUGAGAGCGUCCGAGUAAAUGCUUGUUCACCCGCCCCCCCUAUGACGGUAAGCACACCUGCCGGAAGCAGUCGGCUGACGAUGCCAACGAUUGCCAGCCGACUCAAAGCCAAACCAUCAAUUAUUCACGAGGAGCACUCCUCAAACUCGAGGCGCUGGACUACCAAUGGAAUGUCGGCUGUGAUACCACACCAGCUACGUCGACCUCGAAGACCGAGGACGUACGGUGAUGGGACUGAGUUGGAUGAAUUCGAUGACUUGCCGACUAGUAAGGAAAAAGAAAAACAGUUCACACGGGCUGUCAAAAAUACUUCCAACUCCACUCGAGUCUCCAGCAAACUCGGCUCUGUUGGUCCGACUAACCCGAACAAUGAGAAAAAAGAUGGAACGAACCAUCCCGUGGCUGGCAGCAGCAGUCAAAGGAGCCGUAGUAGACUCGAGGCUAGGAAGGCCGAGGGCGUCCGUCGAAGAGCUCUGGCUAUCAAUGCUCACAUCAAGAAAAUCUCGACCAAGAAGGGCCUGAUCCGACAGAUGAGUGGUAAUACCCUAAGUCAGCUGUCAACCAACACUGAAAUGAGAUGGAACGACGAGGAGGCGCGGUGGGAAGGAAACGAGCACGUCCUCAGAGAGUUCGACAACGUGCUGUCCACCUCAUCAAGGCCGGCAUUGAUCAGUCAACUGUCGAUCCAGUCUCCUCACAUGAGGUCGCCGACUGGCGCGAUGCCAGAAGACAUGCCCGAGAGUUUGAUGGGUAGUUUCAGGCCGACCAAAGCGCAGAACCAUGUGGUUGGAGGGAUGAUCUUUGACACGGAGUCGAUGUCCUGGAAGAAGGUCCCGGGUGGCGGAGUUGACGAGGAUGAGCUUCAAUUGGAGUCUGACGAGGAGCUCGAGCUGCGUUGGCUCGCCGACGACGAAUCCUCGUCCCGGCAAAAACCCCUCGGGGGGCUCGGCAACGACGGCUGGAACUCGCUCUCCUCCUCCGUCUCCUCCCCGCAUCCGCAACACAAACACGAGUCUGAAGACGGAGCUACCAGAAACCGUGGCAGACGCUCCGGCAGCUUUUGGCUGGCCUGCGUCGAGGCCGAGGAGCGACAUAAGAAGGAGAUCGCUAGCUGGAUACCCGUCGAUGACGACCAACCGCAACGCCCUCCCCAGGCCAAUAAGCCGGCCAAGAAAGUUACUGCUUCUGGGAGCAGCAGCCACCAACCAGUCAAGCUCAAAAAAUCUAACCUCUCUUCUAACCAUACGCCCUCUUCUGCCUCCUCGACGUACCAUAAAACUCACCAUCUCAAUCCCCCCAGUACGGGAAAACAAGUGCUUUCCUCAAACCACAAACCGGCCUCCGCCGUCCCUCCCACCCAUUCUCAUGGCAGAUUAUCUGACCCUGACCGCUGUUAUUUGCAGGAAAUCCGCAAGUUGGUUUCUGAGGAGUUUUGA